AUGCCCGUGCGACAGAAAGACGCCCAGCGCGCCCUGGAGCUCCUGCAGCAGUACCGUCUCAGACUGACCCAGAGGCCGCAGUCUCCAGGAGGGGAGGACGACCAGCAGCUGCAGCGCAGUCUGGAGAGGGUCAUCAGUGUGUUCCAGAGCCAGCUCUUCAACGCUCUCCUGGACAUCCAGGAGUAUUACGAGCUGAGCGUUCAGGCCGACGCCCAUGAUGCACCGACCUCUGAACUCACCAAACUCCAAAUCUGCCCGGAGUCUUCCCCAAGUGGACCCUCGCCCUCUGCCCCGCUCCGAACCUCCACCGAGAACCACCAGAGCCCCCACGUCCCCUCACAGUCUCCACCCAGAGAGACCCUCAGCAAACCCCUCAUCUCCCCCAAACCCAAGUCCUUCAAGUCCCCCGCGCCGCCCGUGCCCCAGCAGCCCGCCACCCUGCCCUCCACGUCACCGCUUCAGCCGCAAUCCAGCAAGAAAUACCGCGCACCGCUGCCCCCAAUGCAAGACCGGGUUUCCGCGGCAACCGGAGGAGACCGGGCCUCGCACAACGGCUUCGACCCGUCCGACCCUCAGUCAGAGUACGCCACCAUCGCGCCUCAGCCCGCGGUGACGCCUGGGGAGCACGCCACCGUCUCGGCACUGGUCUCGGGCACGGUGCAAGGCCUACUGCCCGCCACAACCACCACACCUGUUGCCGCACCUGCCCUGCCUGCCCCGAGCCAAGCAGAGAAGGACCAGGAUGUUUCAGUGUCCUCAGAGCACAGAGGGAGCAGUCAGACCAGAGACUGGGCCGAGUUCAGAGGUCCCAGCAGUCCCAGCAGAGACCAGAGAGAGACCAGAGACCGGACAGAGAUCUGUGGCCCCAGUCCCACCAUCAGCCCGGGGCCGUUUGCCAAAGGGCCCCUGCGCAGCCCCACGAGCCUGUCCCCGAGCAGCCUGAGUCCGAGACCUGUCCCGCCCAAGACGCCCGUCAAGUCGCUCAGCCCCAGUGCAGACGCCGUGGUCUCUUUGCCUCCUCGUUCCCUCUUCAGAAUCAUAAGUGAAGUCCACACGCCGUAUGUGGGGCAUGUGCUGCUCCCCAAACUCCUCUGA